AUGCGAUUUAAUAUUAGUCAUAUUCCUGAAUCAAAAUUAGAACAAACAAUAAAUGAAUGGAAAAUUCAUAAUGAUUGGGCAAAUUUAGAAAGAGAAUAUUAUAGUAUUGAUAUUACAAAUCAUAUUUCUUGGGACUUUGCAGAAAGCAUUCAAUUACCUUAUUCUUCACAACAAGAAGGUGCUAUAUAUUUUAAAUCACUUUAUAAAGUUGCAGUAUUUGGAAUAUGUGAAGAUGCUUUUCCUUGCACAUUGCCUCAGUCCACUCACAAAUCUGUUUCAGAUAUAUUGUAA